CAGGCGACAGGGCAAUACAUCGACACAACUUCACACCGUGGAUACCUCGAAACGUGCGUAGUGUUGCUAGCUGCCUUUGUGCUACAUCACAGCGUUUGCAUCAUCACAGCUCAGAUUUAAACGUAUGCGUGCGUUUGUCUUUUGGCAUUUCUUGCUGCGUCUGGCUGUAUAAAUAUGCGCUUGUGGUCAGACCCUUUCACAACGACCACCGCCUCCACCACCACGCUGACUACCACUCCCUUCGAACCUCAAUCUCAGCUUCACUGCCCGCUCCCUUGCAUACCACUUGCAGACCUUGCUUCUCGGCCAGCAUUCACGGUGGCAUGAAUCUUUGGGCGCUUCUCGUCGCCUUGGUGGCUGCUGCCGCGGCUGCUGUGGCAUGUCCGGGAUGCGAUGCUCCUCUAGCUGAGCUCGCGCGUCUCGAGCAGCAGUACAAUGAUUCACUCGCAGGUGUAUUCGACAAUAUUGGCGGUUGGGGCAGCAAGGCGCCUGGCGCAAAGGAUGGGGUCAUCAUCGCGUCCCCUUCGACCGCGGAGCCCAACUACUUUUAUACAUGGACUCGGGAUGCGGCACUGACGAUGAAGAUGAUUGUCGACGAGUUUCUACUCGGCCGACCAUCUUUCCGUGGCCAGAUCAAGCUCUAUGCUCAAACUCAGGCCAUUCUUCAGACGGUCAGCAACCCUUCGGGUGCCCUGGGCUCCGGACGUGGUUUGGGAGAACCGAAAUUCUACAGCAACCUCACCCGAUUCAAUGGACCUUGGGGGAGGCCACAGCGGGACGGCCCGGCCCUUCGAGCCACUGCUCUCAUCACGUACUCGCGCUGGCUUCUCAACACCAGCGUCGCUGCGGACCGCAAAGAGGCUGACAGCAUCUGGGAUAUCAUCCAGAAUGAUCUCAACUACGUGGCACAGUAUUGGAACCAGACUGGCUUCGACCUAUGGGAAGAAGUUAGUGGCAGUUCUUUCUUUGCCACGGCUGUUCAACAUCGCGCUUUGGUGGAAGGGGCUGCGCUUGGUAGACAGUUAGGCAAAGAUGUGUCGGCUUAUGAGUCGCAGGCCCCUAAUCUUCUGUGUCUUCUGCAAUCGUACUGGAAUGGUCGAUACAUCACGGCCAACACCAACACUGAAACGGGAUUCAAUCGGACGGGGAUCGAUGCGGGGACUGUGAUCGGUGUUAUUGCCACAUAUGACCCCAAUGCCAGCUGUGACGACAAGACAUACCAGCCUUGCUCACCACGCGCCCUGAUCAAUCUCAAAGCAUACGUAGACGCCUUCCGAGAAGUCUACGCUAUCAACCGCAACGUCUCCGCCAACGGUGCCGUCGCAACAGGCCGUUACACCGAAGACGUCUACUUCGGAGGCAACCCCUGGUAUCUCACGACCCUCGCCGUAGCCGAACAACUCUACGACGCCAAAUCGCAAUGGACCCGCAACGGCAUCUCCAUCACAGACACCACGCUCCCCUUCUGGCAAUCCAUCUACCCCUCCGCAAAACCAGGGUCCUACCCCAGCGGCGCAAACGAAACGGCCACUCUCCUCUCCGCCGUUCUCUGCGCAGCCGACAGCUACGUAGCCAAAACCCUCGAAUUUGUCCCGGAGAAUGGCGCCCUCGACGAACAGUUCAGCCGUGAAAACGGCACCGCCGUUUCCGCCCGCGACCUCACAUGGUCCUACGCCGCCCUCGUCACGACGCGCAACGCCCGCGCCGCCGCUCUUGGAAAAACCCAACAAGUCCCCUCCUGGAACGCCCCCUCCAACCCUACCAUCCCAAACACCUGUCAACGGGGCUCCACACCAGGCAUCUACACCCCGGCCAUCACCGCGGGCGCUCCCCCAAACACGCCAAACUGCACCGUCCUCGUCUCCUACAACCUCAACGCUACGACUUUUUUCGGCGAGAACAUGUUCCUCACCGGCAACGUGUCCGAGUUGGGCAGUUUCAACGCAAACGAUGCGUUGGCCGGCAGCGCCUUGGGAUAUACCUCUACCCGCCCGCUCUGGACCUUCGUUGUCGAGCUGCCUGAACACGUCUCGCUCUUGUACCGAUACCUCCGCGUUCGGCCGGACGAUAGCAUUGUUGCUGAGGUGCGGAAUCGCACGGUGGUGGUUCCUGGUUGUCAGGCUGGGAAUGGGACUGGGACGACUGUUGGCGAGUUGACGGUUGAGGAUGCGUGGGAUGGGACUGAGUAG